AUUACUGAGAAUUGAUCAAAGUUACGCCCCCCAUUCAUGCAGCUGUGCCCAAACUUGGCACCAUCUUAGAUAAUUUGGCCACAGUCCUAGGAGUGGACCAUGCUGUUCUGGACUUAGCAAAUACUUUUCUUCAGAAUACCUUGGCUGCUGAGUCACAAGUUCAGUUUGCUUUCACAUGGAAGGCACGAUAAUGGACUUUUCAAAUUCUUCCCUGAGGCUACCUGUACAGCCCCACAAAAUGUCAUGGGAUGGUGCCUGGAGAUCUGUCCCUGUUAUUCUUCCCCACAUCUGUAAAAUGAACCCAUUGCUUUGAUGAUAUAAUGUCGACAUAUGAAGCCUUGCCUCUGCUGACUUCACACUCUGCAGAUUUUGCUGGAACACCUGUGAGCAAGUGUAUGGGAGGUGAAUACACAGAAAACUGAAGGUGCAGUCACCAAUGUAAAGUUUCCGGGAGUCAUAUGAUCAGACUGUGAAAUGGCACCAGGGAGCACUUUCAGCAACAGGCAGAACUGUGUGCAUGUGCCGGACCAGACCUGAAACAUUUGUCCCUUCAACCUGUCAUCCUUUUUCACGUUAACCGGCAGCCGAGACGUUCUGACAGGACACCACCAGGAUGCCACCCAAGAAAGUGCAAAUCCAAGUGGAGGAAAAAGAAGAUGAUACUGAGGAAAGUUCAAGUGAAGAGGAAGAGGAGGAGGAAGACAAACUACCUCGAAGAGAGAGCAUGAGACCAAAGAGGAAACGGACCAGAGAUGUCAUCAAUGAAGAUGACCCAGAACCUGAACCAGAGGAUGAAGAAACGAGGAAGGCCAGAGAAAAAGAGAGAAGGAGGAGGAUGAGGAGAGGAGAGGAAGAAGAAGAAGAAAUUGAUGAAGAGGAAUUGGAAAGAUUGAAGGCAGAGUUAGAUGAGAAUAGACAAAUGAUUGCUACUGUCAAAUGCAAGCCUUGGAAAAUGGAAAAGAAAAUUGAAGUUCUCAAGGAAGCAAAAAAAUUUGUGAGUGAAAAUGAAGGGGCUCUUGGGAAAGGAAAAGGAAAACGGUGGUUUGCAUUUAAGAUGAUGAUGGGCAAGAAAUGGGUAAAAUUUCUCCGUGAUUUUGAGAACUUCAAAGCUGCUUGUGUCCCCUGGGAAAAUAAAAUCAAGGCAAUUGAAAGUCAGUUUGGCUCAUCAGUGGCCUCAUACUUCCUCUUCAUGAGAUGGAUGUAUGGAGUAAAUAUGGUUCUUUUUAUCCUGACGUUCAGCCUUAUCAUGUUGCCAGAGUACCUCUGGGGUUUGCCAUAUGGCAGUUUACCUAGGAAAACGGUUCCCAGAGCUGAAGAGGCAUCAGCAGCCAACUUUGGUGUGUUGUAUGACUUCAAUGGAUUGGCUCAAUAUUCCGUCCUCUUUUAUGGCUAUUACGACAAUAAACGAACAAUUGGAUGGAUGAAUUUCAGACUGCCGCUAUCCUAUUUUCUGGUGGGGAUCAUGUGCAUUGGAUACAGCUUUCUGGUUGUCCUUAAAGAGAUGACCAAAAAUAUUGGUGAUGACGGAGGUGGUGACGACAACAGCUUCAACUUCAGCUGGAAGGUGUUCACCAGCUGGGACUACCUGAUUGGCAAUCCUGAAACAGCAGACAACAAAUUCAAUUCUAUCACAAUGAACUUUAAGGAAGCUAUAAUAGAAGAAAGAGCAGCCCAAGCAGAAGAAAACGUCCACUUGAUCAGAUUCCUGAGGUUUCUUGCUAACUUCUUCGUGUUUCUAACACUUGGCGGGAGUGGAUACCUCAUCUUUUGGGCUGUGAAGCGAUCCCAGGAAUUUGCGCAGCAAGAUCCUGACACCCUUGGGUGGUGGGAAAAAAAUGAAAUGAACAUGGUCAUGUCCCUCCUGGGGAUGUUCUGUCCAACAUUGUUUGACUUAUUUGCUGAAUUGGAAGACUACCAUCCCCUCAUCGCUCUGAAAUGGCUCCUGGGACGCAUUUUUGCUCUUCUUUUAGGCAACUUGUAUGUAUUUAUUCUUGCCUUGAUGGAUGAGAUUAACAACAAGAUUGAAGAGGAGAAGCUAGUAAAGGCCAAUAUUACCCUAUGGGAAGCCAACAUGAUCAAGGCCUACAAUGCAUCACUCACUGGAAAUACCACUGGGCCACCCUUUUUUGUGCACCCUGCAGAUGUACCUCGAGGACCCUGCUGGGAAACAAUGGUGGGGCAGGAAUUUGUGCGGCUGACCGUUUCUGAUGUUCUGACUACCUACGUCACAAUUCUCAUUGGGGAUUUUCUCCGAGCAUGUUUUGUGAGGUUUUGCAAUUACUGCUGGUGCUGGGAUUUGGAAUAUGGAUAUCCUUCAUACACCGAAUUUGACAUCAGUGGCAAUGUCCUCGCUCUGAUCUUCAAUCAAGGAAUGAUCUGGAUGGGCUCCUUCUUCGCUCCCAGCCUCCCAGGCAUCAAUAUCCUUCGUCUCCACACAUCCAUGUACUUCCAGGGCUGGGCUGUGAUGUGUUGCAACGUUCCUGAGGCGAGGGUCUUCAAAGCUUCCAGAUCGAAUAACUUCUAUCUGGGGAUGCUGUUGCUCAUCCUCUUCCUGUCCACCAUGCCCGUCCUGUACAUGAUCGUGUCCCUCCCACCAUCUUUCGACUGUGGCCCCUUCAGUGGCAAAAAUAGGAUGUUUGAAGUCAUCGGAGAGACACUGGAACAUGAUUUUCCAAGCUGGCUGGCAAUGAUCUUGAGACAGCUUUCUAAUCCUGGAUUAGUUAUUGCUGUUAUUUUGGUUAUGGUUUUGACUAUCUAUUAUCUCAAUUCUACUGCAAAAGGCCAGAAGGCAGCAAAUCUGGAUCUAAAAAAGAAGAUGAAACAGCAAGCUUUGGAGAACAAACUGCGAAACAAGAAAAUGGCAGCUGCACGAGCAGCUGCAGCUGCUGGAGGCCAGUAAUUUUCAUGGAUAUUCUGGAGGCCCAGAAGUAUUCCUCAUCAUACUGUUCAAAACCAGUGACUUAUGUGAAGGCCCAAGUAAAAAAAGAAGGAUCUCUACCUUAUUCCAAAUUAGGGAUUUGUUCCUGCACCACCA